AUGUUGCCACGGGGCUGGAAAGGAAGUGUCCUCCUCUUCAGCAUCUACUGCACCGCCGUCCUGGCCGUCAAUCUCAGCGUCUUGAUAUGGGCCGCAAAAUCCAGAACGGGCGUGGCCGACGACGGGACGGUCAUCCUCCGCGACGGCACGGACGCCGGCCAUUGUUCCAGCAUUGACGCCCUCAACAAGUGGGCGCAUUUGGUGAUCAACGUGCUCAGCACCGUCUUGUUGAACGGGAGCAGCUAUUGCAUGCAAGCGCUGUCGGCGCCCACGCGAUCAGAUAUCAAUUCAGCCCAUGCCGCGGGGAGGUGGCUCGAUAUUGGCGUGCUGAGCAUCCGCAAUCUCAGAUGGAUUUCGCGAAGACGACUUUUCCUGUGGUCGUUGCUCGGCCUGUCGUCGCUGCCUUUACAUCUCUUCUACAACUCUGCCGUCUUCGUCUCCACCUCCUCCAACAACUAUGCCGUCUUCUCUGUCGACCACACUUUCCUUGAGUCCAACAAUACAGGCAUCUUUGGAUAUGUCGAUGUGUCCUAUAUCCUACGUAGUGGCGUCCGGCCUGCUGGAGUCUUGGACGUACCCUCCAAGACCAUACCUGACAUUGCCAGCCAGCUACACAACGAAGCCAACUCGAACAAACUCGUCAAUUUAACCACGGAGCAGUGUCGGAGGGAAUACAUCAAGACGUUCCAAUCAGUUUAUCGCAACGUCCUUCUUGUCUCCGACUCCAAUGCCGAUGCCAAUGUCGUCGACGGCAAUGCCACCGAAGUGGUGCCCUUUGUCCGUGCCGAAUUCGUCUCGGAUUUCACGUGUGGAGGAACUCAAGCCUUUGCCUGGACUUGUUCUAUGGACGGAACAGCUAUUGGACCUCAGGAUUCAUGCGACCUGCCUUGCGACGAACCCGACGUCUUCAAGCAGACAUUGUCCAACUCCACCUGGGCACCGUUGGGCGCGCCAGUCCAGUAUUGCCUCGCCCAACCGACGCAGAAACAGUGUAGUCUGCGGUUCAGCCUCGACAUUGCGAUCCUGGUCGUGGUGUUGAACUUUGUCAAAUUGGUCAUGAUGGGAUUGACCGCCCUGGUUGCGUUCGACGGAAGCGAUGCUCCUCUUCUGACCAUGGGCGAUGCCGUUGCCAGCUUCUUGGAUGAUCCGGACAGUGUCUCCAAGGGGAUGUCUCUACUCAGUGCGUCGAAGAUCAAGAAGCUCGGACGGGCCUCGUUGCAGGAUCCUCAAGCAAGCCAGCGAACCGUUGUGUAUGCCGGAGAAGUACGGCAACGGUGGUCGAAAGCCGUCAGCAUGCGGCGAUGGGCGAUAUGCUUGCUUCUCUAUGUCGGCGGCUUGUCUGCUGCCGCAGGUUUUCUCGGCCGUGGGAUCGCAGCAAUGGUCGGAUCGAAGUCUCUCUCAUCGUUAUGGUCGAUCGGGCCCGGUACCGUGUCAGGACGCACGCUGAUACAAAACAACGCUAUCGUGCAAGCUGGCAAAACCGCGCUCAUGGCAAGCGUCGUUCUCGCCAACAUCCCCCAACUGAUCCUCUCGCUGUUAUACUUCACCUACAACGGCCUGUUCACGUGCAUGCUCCUCGCCAGCGAAUGGAACUCAUACUCGGUGCGCCGGAAAGGCCUGCGCAUCUCCUCAUCGGAGCGCAAAGGGCAACAGCGGUCCAAAUACUUCCUGCAACUCCCCUACCGUUUCGGUGUUCCGCUGACCAUGGCCAGCCUGUUGCUCCACUGGCUGGCGUCACAGAGCAUUUUUAUCGUCAACUUCUCCAUGCUCGAUUACACUGGCACUCCAAUCCCCUCGCUGCCCGGUACGGUCGGCCAUCUUGUGACUUGUGGAUAUUCGCCUAUCUCCAUCAUUUUUACAAUAUGCUUGGGCGUGCUUCUGAUAGUGGUGCUGCUGGGGUUCGGAUUCGGGGCGAGAUUCCGCACGGGCAUGCCGAUUGCUGGGAGUUGCAGUCUGGCCAUCGCAGCGGCUUGUCACUCUCUUGAACCUGCCCCGGGGGUGGUUGAUAGCAGCGGGAAAAUGCCGGCAUCGACGUCGACACCCGUGCCGAUAUCACAGCAAUCGCUCAUGUGGGGGGAAAUACCGGGUUAUUAUCACAGCCAUGACCAUGGCGCGUCAAGCGUGCGAGAGUCUCUAACAAGUCGAGAAAAAUCCGCCCCUGUGCCGCAGGUGACGAGCAUCAGGGAGAGUGCCAAUUCGAAGGCGGAGGACGAGUCGGAUUCAGAAGCGAAUUGGGAUGCGUCGCUUCUGCCCGGAAAUCAGUCCUACUCGACCGUCGCUAAGGCGGGCGUCAUCGAGAAUGCCACGUCCGGACAAAACCUUGCUUCACGACGAAGUUCGACCGCAACGCGUAGGACGGCGAUAGAUAAAGAAGAAGAAGAAGAAGAAGAAGAAGAAGAAGAAGAAGACGGCACAGAUACAUACUUACUGGCGCGAUUGGGCUCACGACGCGAUGAUAGCGGCCACAGCGGGGAAGCCGUUUGUGGCGGUGACGACCACCACGACCACGAAGACGACACAACACACCCAACCACGGCCACUGGCGCUUCGCAAAGCGCGAAUCAAAGCAACAACAAUAUCCCUCAAUGCGAACCGGUUUCAGUUCCACCGUCCAGUGGGUUGGGACAUUGCGGCUUCUCGGCCAACGACGUGACGGACCCGGUUCCAGGACGGACUUAUGCUUGA